AUGAUUCGCUCGAUUUCCUCAUUUCCACGAAGUGUCGUUCUACGACUAGGCAAUAGAAAUUAUCAGAUCCAGCAGCUCUUACGAAAUAACAUUCAUCAGCAAUGUGCUGUCCAAAAGUUAGUAACCGUAAGCUCAAUUGGAGGCAGCAACGAAAGCCAAUCACUUAAAAAUAGAUUUGUACCACAACAUGUUAGAUUUAUUCAAACAACGGCUCAGCUACUUGAAGUUGUAAAAGUUCCACCAUUCGCCGAUUCUGUCUCAGAAGGUGAUGUUAGAUUUGAUAAGAAAGUGGGCGAUGCCGUCGCAGCAGAUGAUAUUGUUAUGGAAAUUGAAACUGAUAAGACUACAGUCGGAGUUCCAUCACCCACUCACGGUAUUAUCGAAGAGAUUUAUGUCUCGGACGGUGACACAGUUAAGGCUGGACAACAAUUGUUCAAACUUAAAGUCACUGAUGCUGCUCCAGUUAAAGCCGCAGCUCCAGAAAAACCUAAAGAAGCUGCCGCACCACCACCGCCUAAACCAGAGGCUCCAAAAGCUGCUCCACCACCGCCUCAACAGCAAGCAAUGCCACCUCCUGCUGCCACAUCACCUCCUCCAGUUCCUCCAAAACCAUCAGCACCUAAACAAACAGUUCCAAUUGCAGCCAUUCGUCAUGCACAAGCAAUUGAUGCUGCAACAGUAAAAUUACCUCCAUCCGAUUAUACAAAAGAAAUUACUGGUACACGUACUGAACAGCGUGUUAAAAUGAAUCGUAUGCGUCUGAAGAUUGCAUCAAGAUUGAAGGAAGCACAAAAUGUUAAUGCUAUGUUGACGACAUUCAAUGAAAUCGAUAUGAGUGCUAUUAUGGAAUUCCGUAAAUUGCAUCAAGAGUCGUUCCAGAAACGAUACGGAAUCAAAUUGGGCUUUAUGUCUGCCUUCUGUAAAGCUGUUGCUUAUGCUCUUUCAGAUCAACCAACUGUUAAUGCUGUUAUUGAGGAUAGUGAAAUAGUUUAUCGUGAUUACAUUGACAUCUCUGUUGCCGUUGCCUCACCAAAAGGUCUUGUUGUGCCUGUCUUACGCAAUGUUGAGAGUAUGAAUUAUGCUGAUAUCGAAUUAGGCAUCAAUGCUUUGGGCGAAAAGGCACGUAAUGGAACUUUAGCUGUUGAAGAUAUGGACGGAGGAACCUUUACAAUCAGUAAUGGAGGAGUUUUUGGAUCAUUAAUGGGUACACCAAUCAUUAAUCCACCACAAAGUGCUAUUCUCGGAAUGCAUGCAACCUUUGACAGACCAGUCGCGAUUAAAGGACAAGUCGUCAUUCGUCCAAUGAUGUACAUCGCACUUACUUACGAUCAUCGUUUGAUUGACGGACGUGAGGCUGUGACUUUCUUGAAAAAGAUUAAGGCAGGCGUUGAAGAUCCAAGAAUCAUUUUAGCCGGUGUUUAAGAAACUUAAAAUUGAGCGCAUUGGACAUACACACUUAAUGCUUAUCACAUACACGAAAAAUAAUUAAUUAAUU